GUGGGGUAGCUCGGCCUUUUUCCGCCCUUCAUGUAGCAGGCGCAUCGCCAUCGCUAUCGCCCGUCUCCGUCUCCGUCGCCGUUGUUUCAUCACCGAGAACCCAGUUCCACCUGUCUCGACAGUCAACACGAGGCUCCAAAUCGCCCGCCAAUCUGCCUUAUCUCAGCUUCCCAGAGCCCUAUUGCCAGACAUAGUAUAGACAUGCCCAAUUCUACAGACAACCAAGGCUCGGCCCCACCGGGCCUCUCCUCUAGGCCUCUUCCCUCCUCCUUUGACGACAACGCGGACUUUUACAACGAGAAUGGCUUCCAAAAGGUGUCCCGCCGUCUCCGCGAGGAGCCUUUGAUCCCCAUCGGUUGUAUCGCCACCGUCGCCGCCUUCACGGGCGCCUACCGCGCCAUGCGCCGCGGUGACCACGAACAGGUUCAGCGCAUGUUCCGCGCCCGUGUUGCUGCCCAGGCUUUUACCGUUAUCGCCAUGGUUGCCGGCAGCUGGUACUACGCUGCUGAUCGCCAGAAGCAGAAGGAGCUGUGGAAGCUGAAGGAGCAGCAGGACGCCGAAGAGAAGCGCCAGAAGUGGAUUCGGGAGCUCGAGGUUCGCGAUGCCGAGGACAAGGCUCUGCAGGAGAGACUCGAGAAGAGGAAGAAGAAGAAGGCAGAGCGUGACUCGGCUGCUGGCGCUCCGGAUGGCGUUGCCGCCCAAGCCCAGGCCGCCUAUGCUAAUGCCAAGGAGAAGGUCAGCAGUCCGGCCGGAGACGUAGCGCCCGAGGAUCCCAACAAGUCCAACAUCACAGGUGUUCGCGAGCGACUACCCACUUGGCUUGGGGGCUCCAAAGGAGCCGAUGGGUCGUCGCGGGAUAAGAACUAGGCUGAAUACAAACGUGAUUGAAGGUAGCCACUCAGGUAUGUAAGUAUACGUGAAUGAUGUACGAUAUAAUAUGGAGAAGUCGGGGACAUGGCUUGCACCCGUAAAGGCAGUCAGAUCAUGAGGCCAUAAACGUUCCGG